ACGGACGCAGUGUCGGGCGCACGGAGGAGCGGAGCGGAGCGGCCCCUUUCCCGGAGGAGACGCGUUUUUUUCCCCUGGAUUUAACCAGUGAUCCCAGUUUGCGCUUCAGAACUGGGGACUUCUGUGUUUCCGCGGUGCCGUCUUAUCCCACCGGGACUCCAGGUCCGGGGGAAGGAGCGCAGAAUUCCGCCGGGAGACCGAAGAAGAGCCCACAACAAAGAGCGUUCAGGGAAGUGCGUGCGUCUGCGGAAGGAGCGCAAGUUUGUUGAGCGACGCGCACAAAGUGGCUCCGCGGCUCCGGCUCACCAUGGUUCCGGACACGCUGUUGCGCACGGCCGCGGCUCUGCUGGCUUUGGUUCCGCUCCUAAACGUGGGGAUUUUCGGGGUGAACGGCCAGUACGGCGGCGGGGACCGCGGCAUGUCCAUCCCGGAGCACGGCUUCUGCCAGCCCAUCUCCAUCCCGCUGUGCACGGACAUCGCCUACAACGAGACCAUCAUGCCCAACCUGCUGGGACACACCAACCAGGAGGACGCGGGGCUGGAGGUGCACCAGUUCUACCCCCUGGUCAAAGUGCAGUGCUCCCCGGACCUGAAGUUCUUCCUGUGCUCCAUGUACGCGCCCGUGUGCACGGUGCUGGAGCAGGCGCUGCCGCCGUGCCGCUCUCUGUGCGAACGCGCGCGUCAGGGCUGCGAGGCGCUCAUGAACAAGUUCGGCUUCCAGUGGCCCGACAGCCUGGCCUGCGAGUCCUUCCCGGUCCACGGCGCGGGGGAGCUGUGCGUGGGCCAGAACAUGUCGGACCGCGUGGAUUCGGACCCGCCGGGGUUCUCCCCCACGGAGCGCGCGCCUCCUGACCCCGGGAACGGGCAGUUCCGGUGCCCGGCGUCGCUCCGGGUGCCGCCGUACCUCAACUACCGCUUCCUGGGCCAGGAGAACUGCGGGGCUCCGUGCGAACCCAAGCGCUCCCACGGGAUGAUGUACUUCAGUGAGGAGGAGCUGAAAUUCGCCCGGAUCUGGAUCGGGAUCUGGUCGGUCCUGUGCUGCGCGUCCACGCUGUUCACGGUGCUGACCUACCUGGUGGACAUGAAGCGCUUCAGCUACCCGGAGCGGCCCAUCGUCUUCCUGUCGGGCUGCUACACCAUGGUGUCCGUGGCCUACAUCGCCGGAUUUUUACUGGAAGACAAGGUGGUUUGCAACGACAGGUUCGACAACGAGAUCCGGACGGUGGUGCAGGGGACCAAGAAGGAGGGCUGCACCAUCCUCUUCAUGAUGCUCUACUUCUUCAGCAUGGCCUCCUCCAUCUGGUGGGUCAUCCUGGCCCUCACCUGGUUCCUGGCGGCCGGGAUGAAGUGGGGCCACGAGGCCAUCGAGGCCAACUCCCAGUACUUCCACCUGGCCGCCUGGGCCGUCCCCGCCAUCAAGACCAUCACCAUCCUGGCCGUGGGUCAGGUGGACGGAGACGUGCUGAGCGGGGUGUGUUUCGUGGGCAUCAACAGCGUGGACGCCCUGCGAGGCUUCGUCCUGGCGCCGCUCUUCGUCUACCUGUUCAUCGGCACGUCCUUCCUCUUGGCGGGAUUCGUGUCCCUGUUCCGCAUCCGGACCAUCAUGAAGCACGACGGCACCAAGACGGAGAAACUGGAGAAGCUGAUGGUGAGGAUCGGCAUCUUCAGCGUCCUGUACACGGUGCCGGCCACCAUCGUCAUCGCCUGCUACUUCUACGAGCAGGCCUUCAGAGAGCAGUGGGAGAGGACGUGGAUCAGCCAGACGUGUAAGACCUACGCCGUGCCCUGUCCCGUCCAGAACCACCCCAACAUGAGCCCCGACUUCACCGUCUUCAUGAUCAAAUAUCUCAUGACGCUCAUCGUGGGCAUCACCUCCGGGUUCUGGAUCUGGUCUGGGAAAACCCUCAACUCCUGGAGGCGGUUUUACACGAGACUGGCCAACAGUAAACAGGGGGAAACCACAGUGUGAUGUGGUGUUUGGGCCCAGAAGCAGAGCUGGGACUGACCGACUGAAGGAGUCCCUCUGAUCACUUUCUUUGGUCUUUUCUCAGACUUCCAGAGACACUCCAUAUGUUUUUUAAUGUACAUACACAUUUGUGAGAUUUUUGUAAGUAUAUAUUUGUAUUUAAAGAUUUUAAAAAAUUCUUCCUUUUUUUUAAAAAAAAAAAAAAUGCCUUUUUUCCUACUUCUGGACGUAAUGGAAUGGUACUUAAUCAUCACAAAGAGCCAGCUGACCAUCCAGGACCCGGGGUCUCAUGACCUGACUGACUGUGGACACCAGUGGGUGUGUGUGGCUUUGAUCAGUGAACUGCCUCUGAGCAGCAGCUCUAUUCUAAGCAGAGUCCCGUGAAACCCAAGUGCUUCCUCGUGGCUCCCUCUUAUCCUGAUUAAGCAGCUGUAGUUUGUGUCUGUUGUACAGUCCGGCAGCAGUCGCCUGCUUCAGAAGGGAAAUGUCAGCAGUCUGGGACGAGAAACGGUGCACAGAUUGUGAAUGUGAGUCAUUGUGACAGAUGGUUGUGGCCUGAGCUCCGGCCCUGACACUUUUAACAUUCCUUUCCAUUUAAAGCUCAUACAAUCCUGCCUAUUUAAAGGACCAUACCUGUGUUUUUGCACGCUGGGCUCAUCACAGCGAUCCUCCGGCCACUACUGUGUGACCUGUUCUCCACACACUGAAGUGUUCUCAGACUGAAGAAAAUGGGACUCUACUCAGAUUACAUUUGCUCCGUCUGUAAAAAGAGUAACAGUUACUUUGUGGGUAGAGCUCUGAAACUCAAUAUGGAGCCAAAUUUACUCUUUUUAAAGACAAUAUGUUUGCCCAGUAGUUUUCCCUGUGCAAGCCUAUCCUUCAGUUUGAUUCCACUUCUAAUGCAGAUAUGAGAUGUUAAAUUCUGCCCCGACUAUGACCAAAGUCAUAAAUGAAUUCUUAAACCACAGUGAAAACAACAGAAAACAGAUUCAAGAAUAACAACCACCACGGUUAGCUGUAAAAAUAAUCAAUAAUAGAUGAUUACAUCUGGCAGAAAUGCUGGUAUGGUCCUUUUAUAACGAUGAUUUUAAUGAUUCAAAACAUUAAUGUGACAUUUGUAUUUAGUUACAUCAAAGGUAGCUUGUUUUGAAUCCUGCAGAAAACCUUUAAUUUCCAGAGUAUAUGCACACAGUGACUGAAAAACAACUGGACACCCCUCAAGCUUUUGUGUUUUGCUUGAGAAUCAUAGUUUUAUCAUAAUACAGAAGUAAAAAAGUCUUUAUCCCAAAUUCAACUUGAUGAGAAAACACGUGGAAACGUUAACGUAAGGUCAGUAUUGUGUGAACAGCAUUAAACUGAUUGGACUUUUUACAGAAAAUCAGCCAAUUAUUAAGAUGUUUUUAGCUUUUAAAAUGUAAGGAUGUGAUGUUUUUUCCUCAUUUCAGAACAGAAAACCUUUGCUUUUAUAGGAUUGAUUGGAUUUGUAGAAAAUGCAGUCUGAAUAGAAGCUGAUUUUCUGUUUUUUAACAUAUUCUACGCAACACGUGAGGUAUUUUUUGCAAAUAAUUCACUGUAAAAAAAAGCUGUUAGUUUCAGAGAUCAGUUCGAUUGGUCAGAUAAUGAAAUUAAUUCUAUAUUUUAUCGUCUUUAUUAGCUGAACUGAUCUCCAUGUGCAUAUUUAUCCUCAGGGUGGGUCACUUUAAGAAAACAUGUUGUGGAAUUUAACGUUUACUUCACAACGGCUCUGAGGAAAAGAACAAAAAGAGAGAAAAAAAAAAAAAAAACCUCAUCUAAAUUUGUUGUCGAACAUUAAAAAGCUGGAGGGGUGUCCGAAGUAAAACACUGUAAAUGUACUCGAUGUUGGGAGAGGUUUUUGGUGCAUGUACGGUGAGUUCCUUGUUGUUUUUCUGUGUUUGUGUUUUCUGAGAGGAUGAGUGUGGCUGUUGUUGUGCAGAGGAGACUUGGGUUGAUGGGAGUAAUUGGAGCCUUGGUGAACGUAGCUGCGAGUCUGCACUGUGGGGCUGAAGAGCAGCUCGCAUGUCUUCCACUGCAGGAGAAAGAAAGGAAGCCUUGUGUUGAAAAGCAGAGCGGCUGCUGUCAGUGCAGCUCGGCUCACACACACACACACACACACACACACACACACACACACACACACACACACACACACACACCAUGACUUGUGUUCUUGUCAAAUGCUCUUCCACACGGUGCUUCCGGUUCAUAAUAAUCCUUUUAUUGUGUUGACGGCUCCACAAUAGUCAUGGCUUUGAAGUCAUUUCCUUUGCAUUUGCUAUGAAGAGAACCUUUAUAUUUAUAGAAAAACAAAUCUUAUAUAUACACUUACAUUGAUUGCUUUAUGAGAAUAAAAACAGUCUCAACAUUGCAACUGUCAA